UCGUCUAUAUAAAAGAGAAAGAUCAAAGUAUCGGGGAGAAGGUUCGAGAGAAAAACUUCUACGCGGAGCGCGUCUAUGGUUCCUCUGAUGGAACCUCACGAGGCAGAAGACUUGCUCAAGUCUCAUCUGCGAGAGAAUAAUCUUUUGCAAGAUGAACCCAGAUCAUGGACCGUCGAUCGUUCCCUUCUCGGAGGUCGCGGUUUAUUUGCCACGCGAGACAUUCGAGCCGGCGAGUUAAUCUUCACGGACGUUCCGCUGUUAAUAGGACCACGAUGCUACAACAAGUAUCUGCCGAUGUGCGUCGUUUGCUAUAAGAGCGAAUGCCCUCUGUUCCCCUGCGAUCACGGCUGCGGUUUGCCGAUCUGUUCUACGGAAUGCGAGGAUUCCGCGGUGCACAUCCAAGGGGAAUGCCGGUUCCUGAGAGGAUGGAAACCGACCUGCGGUUCUACCUGGUCCAAGGAUCUGCUACUCGCGGUGGUGCCAAUACGUGGUCUCACGUUGUCAAAAGAGCAACGUAAACUCUUGUAUGCUUUCGAGUGUCACGCGAAUCUUACUCGCAAUUACGAGAUCGACUUGCUCAAGAGAAACGUGGCCAAUUUUCCUAACGAGGAGCAAAUGGAGCUCAUGAGACGUAUUUGUGGUGUCUUCAAUACGAAUUCGUUUGAAGUCGUGGUUGUAUCUUCACGGGACGAGGACCGUACUACGAGUUUACGUGGUCUUUACCCAAUGGGCGCAUUCCAGAAUCAUUGCUGCGUGCCGAAUACCAGGCAUCACUUCGACGAUCAGCAACGGAUGCACGUGAGCGCCGUGCUGCCUAUCGCUGCUGGCGAGGAGAUCACCAUGUCCUACACCGAUCUACUGUGGGACACAUGGAGCAGAAGACAGUUCCUGAAGGUCACCAAAUAUUUCUCCUGCCAUUGCAACAGAUGCUCCGAUCCUUUGGUACGUCAGCACCGCAACAAUCUCUCUCCAAAAAUUGAAGCAAAAUAUUCUUUUUGUUUGUUCCAGGAAUUCGGUUCCCAGCUUGGCGCACUUCUCUGCGCGAAAAACGAUUGUUCGGGGCAUUUGUUACCUCGUAAUCCUCUCAAUCAUAAGUCAUCCUGGAUCUGUGACAAGUGCCAGACCAGCGUGAAUCACAGACAGAUCGAGUAUAUUCAUUCGGGAUUAAAUACAUUUGUAUCCGACGCUAUGUACAAAACUCCACGAGAAAUUCUAAGAUUUACAGAAACAGUAUUAUCGAAAUUAGUACCCGCUACUAAUUACAUCUUGUUAGAUGUCAAGUAUCGUAUAAUCUCCUACUUUGGCAGAGUCCCCGAUCUUAAAUGGGAAGAUCUCACGGAUGCAGAACUUAGAACUAAACAGGUGUAUUGUGAUGAGAUACUUUCUGCGUUAGACGCUUUAGAUUCUGGAGAUUCUAUAAAAAAAGGCCUUGUUUUAUACGAGUUAUAUCGUACAAAUCUGGAAUUGUUUAAACGACAGAUUUCCAAUGAUAACGAUGAACAGACACAUCCACAUAUAAAAGUACGACGAAUAGUUUAUUAUAUGUGUGUUUAUUAUACAUAUCUUAAUUAUCGUUUUAAAUCUUCUUUUUUCAGAACGACGAUAAUGAACGACUAUUGCGAAAAGCAAUGAGUAUAUUACAAAAUGAUGUCGGUGCAGCUUGUGUUCGCAAAAGCGACUAAUGCAAUCUACUAUUUUGACAUCGUUCAUAUUUAUUGCUUUACUCGAUAUCUGGCUGGAAUACAUAUAUUCCAUUCAUAUGAGAACGCAAUAACAAAGAAUGCGUUUAUAUUACAAUUUUCACAGUCUAAUUACUUGAUUCUACACUUUAAUUCACGAACUGCACAUUGUAUAUAAUACAGAAUGUCAUAUAUAUAUAUAUAUGAAAUAUAUGAGAUUUAAAAUAUGCGAAGAUUUAUUGAUAAUUUUUAUUAAAAUAAAAAUGCAAAUGUUUAGACGAAAAUUCUAUUCAAAUAGCAAUUAGCUACGUAUAAAUUAUAAGUCGCGAUACGGUGAGAUCUGUCGUAAUGUGUAACAGAUUAAUAAAGAGAAUAUAUAUAUACAGAGUGGGGCAAAACAAGCACGAUCGGCAAGAGGGUGAUACUUGAUAAAAUAAAAUAAAAAAUAUAUUUUGUAUACAAAGCUUCAUUUUUCAAAAACAUUGAUUUGGAAAAUUGGAGAGUUAAUAUUUGCGCUUCUUGUACAUUCUUUAACAGUCUUGUGCCUUCAAAUUUGUCUUAAUAGCAGCUAUUAAUAAGUAAUGCAUACGCCAUUUAUAUUAAUGGAAUAAAAUAAUUUAAUUAUUAUAUGUAAGAUCUUUUGCUGUUUGUACCAUAUUCCAUUCUGUAUGUAUAAUAUACUUUAUAUAGAGUAAUACAAAGAAAACAGUGGCCAUUCACAACUUUAUGUACAAAUCUCAUUACUUGUUCAUAUUACUUGCUGUAAUAAACAUUUUGCUUCUUCGCA